CGGCAGCAGAGGCAGGAGGCCCAGGAGGAGGAGGAGGAGCCGUCGCAGGAUGAAGGAUCGGACUCAGGAGCUGCGGAGUGCGAAAGACAGUGACGAUGAGGAGGAGGUGGUCCACGUGGACCGGGACCACUUCAUGGAUGAGUUCUUCGAACAGGUGGAAGAGAUCCGAGGUUGCAUUGAGAAACUGUCCGAAGAUGUAGAACAGGUGAAAAAACAGCAUAGCGCCAUCCUGGCCGCCCCCAACCCAGAUGAGAAGACCAAACAGGAGCUGGAGGACCUCACUGCAGACAUCAAGAAGACGGCCAACAAGGUUCGGUCCAAGUUGAAAGCCAUCGAGCAAAGCAUCGAACAGGAGGAGGGGCUGAACCGUUCCUCCGCGGACCUGCGCAUCCGCAAGACCCAGCAUUCCACACUCUCCCGGAAGUUCGUGGAGGUAAUGACCGAAUAUAACGCGACCCAGUCCAAGUACCGGGACCGCUGCAAGGACCGGAUCCAGCGGCAGCUGGAGAUCACCGGAAGGACCACAACCAAUGAAGAACUGGAAGACAUGUUGGAGAGCGGGAAGCUGGCCAUCUUCACUGACGAUAUCAAAAUGGACUCGCAGAUGACGAAGCAGGCCCUGAACGAAAUCGAGACGAGGCACAACGAGAUCAUCAAGCUGGAAACCAGCAUCCGCGAGCUGCACGACAUGUUUGUGGACAUGGCCAUGCUCGUGGAGAGCCAGGGCGAGAUGAUCGACCGCAUUGAGUACAACGUGGAACAUUCCGUGGACUAUGUGGAGCGGGCUGUGUCCGACACCAAGAAAGCUGUGAAAUAUCAGAGCAAGGCCCGGAGGAAGAAAAUCAUGAUCAUCAUUUGCUGUGUGGUGCUGGGGGUGGUCUUGGCGUCAUCCAUUGGGGGGACGCUGGGCUUGUAGGCCCCCCACCCUUCUCUCUCCCAGACCCCUCCCCCACCACAUCGGGAGCAAUACCCCCACCACCUCUUUCACUCCAUCCCCUGCUCCAGGCUCACCCCCGAAACAGAUCCAGGCAGCCCUGCCCUCUCCUUCACCCCCACGGCAGACCCUGGAGUCCCUGGACCUCUCCCUGCCAUGGACCACCCCCGCCCCCGCACGUAGAUAGCAGCAGGCGUGAUUACACAUGCACACCAACAUGCAUGCCGCCGGCACAUGCUCGAGACGUGUGGACCCCUGCGUGUGUGUACAGUGCAGAUGUGUGUAGUCGCACCAUCCCCCUCUCCCCACCUCUGAGUCUGUAUGUGGUCGGAGCUUCCGCCUUCCCCUGGGUGGCUGUGUAGACCGUGGCCGAGUACAACACAGCAGCCCAGUGUGCCUCACCCUGUCUCCUGCGAAUAGUGUGUGUGUGUGUGUGUGUGUGUGUGUCUGUGUGUGAGAGAGAGAGAGAUCACAGAUCUGUGGACACCAUUCAUGUAUGUGGGAUUUUGUGUGUGAGUGUUCGAACCUAAUGCAACAGCAGCUCCUCCGCACACUCCUUGCAUCUGCUCCAGUGGUGGGGGUGUGCAUGGGCGCUCACACAUCUCAGAGGACAGGCAGGCCCAGACGCCACAGGCCACAGCAGACAGCCACAUGACAUGGGACAGACUCUCUUGGCUUACUCUCCCAGGGGCUGCUGUGUGUGCUGGGGAGGGUGUGCAUGCGUGUGCGUGUGUAUGUGUGUGUAUGUGUGUGUUGUGUGUCUGUGGGGUGGACCACGGUGGAUGGGUGGAUGUGUAAAGGACCUAUCUCGGUCUGUAGUGUACUACAUGUGCACAUUCCCCAAAAAGGGAUGUGAGGGAUGCACACGUGUGUGUGUGGGUGUGUAGGGUGUGCCUGAGUGUUAGGUCUCAGAUGGAGCCCUCCAUGCCGUGGACUGGGCACCUGUUUUGAGUGGGCACAGAAAUCUGUAUUUCCCUGCUACCUAGAAUACAGCUGUGUGUGUGUGUGUGGGGGGACUUUCUGCACAGUGCGUUUCUGCCCCCU